AUGGGGCCGAGCACGGUGGUGCUCUCUGUGCUCCUCAUCGCCCUCACACCACAUCUCGGUGAUGCGUUACCCAAUCCAACUAUGGUUCCACCCGGUACCUCAUCUCUUACUUUCGUCUUCGACAUCACCGGUUCAAUGUUCGACGAUUUGGAGCAAGUGCGUGCUGGGGCAAAGAAAAUCUACGAAACAGUGCUCACUCAACGUCAACGAUUGAUCUACAAUUAUGUGCUCGUACCUUUUCAUGAUCCGGAUCUUGGGGAGAUUAUCGAUACCACUGAUGCUUUGUACUUUCAACGACAACUUGGAAAAGUGCAUGUUUAUGGUGGAGGAGAUUGUCCGGAGAUGACAUUGACAGGAAUCAAAAAAGCACUGGAGAUCUCAUUGCCUUCAUCGUUUAUCUAUGUGUUCACCGAUGCUCGCUCAAAAGAUUACCACCUCGAAGAUCAAGUGAUCAAUUUGAUUCAAGAGAAGCAGAGCUCGGUGGUAUUUGUAAUGACCGGUGAUUGCGGGAAUCGGACACAUCCCGGCUUCCGAACUUAUGAGAAAAUCGCUGCCGCCUCGUUUGGACAAGUCUUCCACUUGCAAAAAAGUGAUGUGAGCGCCGUUUUGGAGUACGUUCGACAUGCCGUUCAACAGAAAAAGGUCCAUCUCUCCUACGAAGUUCGAGAUCGAGGCGGUUCAACGGUUCGACAAAUCCCCGUCGAUAAGCAUAUGACCGAGUUGACUCUUUCUCUAUCGGGAGACAAAGAUGAUGAAGAUUUCCUUGACAUCAGCAUCAAAGAUCCAAAAGGCAACGUGAUCGAUCGAAAUGCUUACUCGAAAGAGGGUGGAACGAUUGAUUUGAAGAAUGUGAAGUUGAUUCGACUGAAGGAUCCAAUGCCCGGAAAUUGGCAGGUGACUACAAAUUCCCGAUUGAAGCACACACUCCGAGUCUUUGGUCACGGCACUAUCGAUUUCAAGUACGGCUUUGGGGCGAAACCGUUGGAAACCAUUGAAUUGACAAGACCCCGUCCAGUUGAUGGCCAGACGACAUAUCUCAUGGCGAACAUGACCGGCUUGAUUCCACCAGGGACACCAGUUGAGAUCUCGCUUAUCGAUUACUAUGGCCAUCCUCUAUACACUCAUCCGGCCAGUCCCUCAAAAACAAACCCUUACCUCUACUUUGUUGGCCCAUUUGUCCCACCAAAAGGUCUCUUCUUCGUUCAAGUGAAAGGAGUCGAUGAUCAGGACUACGAGUUUCAACGAAUCGCCCCAACGGCUAUUGGAUCGGUUUCAGUGGGAGGGCCAAGAGCUUACAUGGCACAGAUUACAACAGCAUUUAUUAACAAGCCAGUCAACUUAUCCUGUGUGGUUGAGAGCACAGCACCCUACUCGCUUCGGUGGAAACACGGCGAUCAGUAUUUGGGCCCACCGCUUUUCUAUUCAGAAUCGGACACCUCUACUUGGACAAUCAACGAAGUGACCCAAAAAGAGAGGGGAGAUUAUUCUUGUGAGGUCUCUUCAGCUCAUGGAAAUCACACAGCAAGGACAUAUUUGGAAACGAGAGAACCACCGCCACAUAUUUUCAACAUGCGUAAUGCCUCGGUGACCGUCGGCCAACCAGCCUAUUUCCAUUGCCAAACCCAAUCCGCUUCUAAAGCCGAGAUUCGCUGGUUGAGACACGGGCAACAGAUUGGAAGAACACCAAAUACGAUGGUUUUUCAAAACGGGACUCUUGUGAUUUGGCGCGCGAGCAGAGCUGAUAUCGGCGGAUAUGAGUGUCAAGCGAGGAAUGGGGGUGGUCUUUCGACGCAGAAUGUCUUUCUCAGUGUCUACGAACGGCCAACAAUUUUCGUGAACCCCUCGUCACUCGAUUUUGUGGCCGGAAAACGUUUCAAUCUUUCUUGUCGGGCAAGCGGUGACCCACAUCCUGAACAUUAUAUUGCUCCAAACAAUGAUUUGAUCAUCAACAAUCCCACUUCACAAUCGGCUGGCGUUUACGAGUGCCGAGCGCAGAACACGGCCGGCUCAGCGUCCGGUUAUUCUGAUGUUCGGGAAGCAAGACCACCAAAGAUUCAGCUGAAAAACUCAAAAGAGAUGGUAUCAAGAGGAGAAUAUGUUGAGCUUCAGUGUUUAGUCCUUGAAGGAUCUCCACAGCCAAAAAUCAAGUGGUUCAAGCACAAUCGCGAGCUUCUCUACCCGCUUCACGAGAAUAUGGUGCUCAGCGAUUCAUACUUGAGAAUUCGGAAUGUACAAGACACUGAUACUGGUCAAUAUUCUUGUGUGGCUGAGAAUAUGGCCGGUCGAGAGGUGGCACAGACGAGGAUACAAGUUGGAAGUCAACCAAGCAUCGUCCCAGCGCCAGACACCGUUCGAGUCAACAUCGAGCGACAAGUGACUCUUCCAUGUCGAGCUGUCGGUCAGCCAGCUCCUGUAAUAGUCUGGUCAAAGAACGGAGUCUUACUUCAUGAACUCGACAAUCCGAGAUAUAAACAAUUAGAUGAUGGAAGUCUUCUCAUCACUGGAGCUGAUCUGGAAGACCAAGACACGUUCACUUGUACAGCGAAAAACGAAUACGGAGAGAGCCAAAAGUCAAUAAAUGUCAUCAUUACUGGAUUAGUUGCUCCUGUCCUCGGUCACGUUCCACCGGAAGAGCAACUGAUUGAAGGGCAUGAUUUGCGUCUUUCUUGUGUCGUCGUCUUAGGUACUCCAAGGCCGAUUCUUCAAUGGUACAAGAACGGGUUGCCUGUAGUGCCGACGAGGAGUAUUAUCAUCGAAGGAGCCGGCAGCGGUCUCCUCCUCCGAAACGGGAAUCCAAAAGACGAGGGUCAAUACAAAUGUGUUGCCAGUUCUCCUGCAGGCAAUGCCACUCUCAACAUCAAUGUCUCAAUGAUAAAACGACCGACGGUGAAACAUCCAAAUGCGACAGAGGAAGAAUAUGGAGAUGAGCAUGUGGAAACAGAACCGAUAAAGGCCACAGAAGGAGAAACGAUCGAUUUACCGUGUAGGAUUGAUGGGAGACCGAAACCAACGAUCACGUGGAUGCUUGAUGGGAGAGGGAUUACGGCUGAUAACAAAGAUUACACGAUUUUGGAGGACAACACUCUCCGAAUUCACAAAACCGAUCGCACGACGACUGGUCGCUUCGUCUGUACAGCUGUGAAUGCAGCCGGUGAAGCGGAACAGGUGACUCAACUCAGCGUCGUUGCUCCUCCACUAAUCACUCCUGGCAACACCAACUAUAAUCUCAUCGAAGGACAUCCAAUUGUGAUCCCAUGCGAUGUGCAUGGUGAGCCACAACCCGAAAUCCAAUGGUUCCUCAAUGAUGAGCUUGUCACCGAUGGAUGGGUGGAUGAGGAUGGAUCUCUGCAUAUUGAGACGGCAAAUGUCUUCAAGGGGAAUCUCAAGUGUGUUGCUGUCAACGAAGCGGGUCGCGACGAGAUGACCGUUUCAGUCACCGUUCACACAAUUCCGAAAAUCUUUGGAUCUGAACAACAACAAGUCGUCGAAGCCUCGGUAAACACAACAUUAUUGAUGCCUUGCCCAGCCGAGGGUCACCCCGUGCCGAAACGAGUGUGGAGCUAUGACAAUUUGCCGAUUUUGGACGGAGAUGAGUUUUAUGGAACGACGGCUCAUAUCCUCGAAGAUGGCUCUCUUUCACUGGACAACGUUGAUUUCGAUCAUUUGGGCCGUUUCGAGUGCAAAGUGAGCAAUGUGGCUGGUGAAGACACGUUGGUCUACAAUUUGAAGGUCAAUCAGCCACCAAAGAUUGUAUCUGAUACACCGGGUACGAUCGACGUGAUUCAAGGGUUGACGCUGGAGAUCGCUUGUAAGGCUGUUGGAAGGCCAAAUCCGACGAUUACUUGGGAAAAGGAUGGAUUUCAGGUGAUUCCAAGCUCAGUUGUCACUGUGGAUCACUCGGGCACUCUUCGAAUCCAUAAUGCGAGAGUCGACAAUGCAGGUCUCUACCGUUGUACAGCCUCGAAUCCAGCUGGAUCGGAUACUCGGGACACAAAAGUCAUCAUUCAAGAACCGCCAACCAUCACGGGUGACACUCCAGACAACUACACUGCUGUCGCUGGUGACAAAGUGGAAAUGAGAUGCCAAGUCACCGGAAAUCCACAACCGAAAAUCGAAUGGCACAAGAAAGGAGUACCGGUUAUUGACGAUGAUCACAUCAGAGUGACAGAAGACGGAACUUUGGUUAUUGAGGAAGCACAAGCGGGUGACGAAUCUUUCUACACUUGUAAAGUCUCAAAUGCGGCCGGUAUGACUGAGAAAUUGGUGCGAUUGAAAGUGACUACGAUCCCGGAAAUCCCUGACUCACACAUCGUGCAAACGGAAGUCGUCCGUCUCAACAAUCCAUUCUCCCUUUAUUGCCCUGUUUUUUCCACUCCCUUACCGACAAUCACUUGGGAGUUAUCGGAUGGUCCACUCGCUGAAAUGGAUCCAAAUAUUCAGCUCUCUGAUGAUAGAAGAAGGCUUCAUGUUGAAAAGGCUCGAAUAACGGAUGCUGGUGUCUACAAGUGUAUCGCUCGAAAUGAUGCCGGUUCAAGCAGCAAAUCUUUUGAUGUUGAAGUUGUUGUUCCUAUCAACAUCGACGAGUCGAAAUGGAAGCGAAAGAUGUCUGUGCUGGAGGGAGGAAGAGUCGAGAUUGGAUGCCCUGUUUCGGGAUUACCAGCUCCGGAAAUCAACUGGAUUGUGGAGGGUCGAAUUAUGAGUCGAGAAUCAUCGGAGUUUCAAGGUGUUCGGUUGAGUGAGGACGGGCAAACGCUGAUCAUCGACAGUGCCACCGCCGAUCACACGGGUCAAUAUCAUUGUGUCGCUCAAAACAAAGCCGGUUCCCUUGAUGUCGAUGUGGAUUUAAAUGUUUUGAUUAUAAAGGGCAAGAAUUCGUCACCGGGUAGAGGA